AUGCCUCAUGUCCAGCUGUAUAUAAUAGAGACUGGUUUUGCAUUUGGCGCAAGACUUGUGUUCGCAAGACUCACAGGCCUCGCCGCGCUCGAUGGUGUAAUAGAUUUGUCGGCUUUCGCAACUGCAGCACGCCACUCUGCUCAGCUUGCACUCGGCGCAAAACUUGUGGCGGCAGCUGGUGCACCUGUAGCCGUGGAGGUUUCCGAAAUGACACCUGUGGCAGCUCCAGCCUUUGGAGGCGGCGGUCGCGCGCCGGCAUUCUUUCGAGUCGCAGUGUCCGGGGGUGUGGUAGAUGUAGUCGACGUCUUGGAAUCUGAAUGGCAAACGGCAGGGAUAGAAAGCUCCGGUGUCGAGAUCGACUAUUCUGGCGCGGCAAUACUCGAUACUGUCCACAUUGCAGUGGCCACAGUUUAG